CACUCCCAUCUCUAGAACUUUCCUCCUCGCCUCCGCCUCCACCUCCGCCUCCUUCCUCCUCCCAGCUCCAAACCCAGGAAACCCUCCGCUCCCCUCCCCGCGCGGCGCCCUCUUCCCGCCGCCCAAAUCCCCACCGGACCCUCCCAGCUCGAAGAAGGAGCAGCGCACGAUGCCGCCGAAGAAGGCGCCGGCGAAGGCGGACCUGGCCAAGAAGCAGAAGGUCGUGGAGGACAAGACGUUCGGGCUCAAGAACAAGAACAAGAGCAAGGCCGUCCAGAAGUACGUCCAGCAAAUCAGCCAGUCCGGCCAGGUCAAGCCCGACGCAGCCAAGACCGCCGCCAAGGCACGGGACAACUCUCAGAUCGAAGCUGUCGAUUCCCCCCACAUCCGAUUGGUUCGCUAUACUGACUUUCUUUGUUUGUUUCUUGAUGUGGAUUUGGAUGCGCAGAAGAAGAAGGAGGAGGAGAAGGCGCGCGAGAAGGAGCUCAACGAUCUGUUUAAGGUCGCCGUCAGCCAGCCCAAGGUCCCCGUUGGUGUCGACCCAAAGUCGAUACUUUGUGAGUUCUUCAAGGCUGGACAAUGUGUGAAGGGUUUUAAGUGCAAGUUCUCACAUGACCUGAAUGUCCAGAGGAAGGGUGAGAAGAUUGAUAUAUACAGUGACAAGCGCGAUGGAGAGGAGGAUACAAUGGAUGACUGGGAUCAGGAGACCCUUGAGAAGGUUAUCCAGUCAAAAAAUGCAGAGUACCAGCAGAACAAACCUACUGAUAUUGUUUGCAAGCACUUUCUUGAUGCUGUGGAGAAGAAACAGUAUGGGUGGUUUUGGGUUUGCCCAAAUGGUGGCAAAGAGUGCCGCUACAGGCACGCCCUUCCGCCUGGCUAUGUACUUAAGUCCCAGAUGAAGGCCUUACUAGAGGAAGAGAGUCAGAAGGUCGCAAUUGAAGAUGAGAUCGAAGAUCAGCGCAAAAAGGUUCAAACCACGACCCCUAUGACUACAGAAUUGUUUAUGGAAUGGAAGAGGAGAAAGGCAGAAGAAAAAGAAGCUGGACUGGCUGCCUUGAGGGCAGAUAGGGCUAAGAAUGAUCGUAUGAGUGGUCGCGAGUUGUUCAUGGCCGAUGCAAGUGUGUUUAUUGAUGAUGCUGAAGCAUAUGAAGUUUAUGAAAGACGCGAAGAGCCGCAAGCUAGUCAAGAACAGGCCAAGAAAAGUCAGGAUGAGGGUCCAAGCUCAUCAACCUCUAAUGGCAAGGAGGGCGAUGAGGAGCUAGAUGAUGAAGAUAUGGAUGACGAUGAUGACCUAGACCUUGAUGAAUUAAAUGAACUGGAAGCAAGCCUGUCGAGAACUUCCAUUCAAAUUCGAGAACCAGGCGAGGGGACAUCAUCUUGAACAGGGAAGUAGCAUGGAUGGUCAUAUUGAGAAGUCAGCGCUCCAUUUUUGCGCUCCAGAUCGACCUAGUUGCUUUAGGAACACAAGGGUGGAGCAUAGAUGCAAGAGGACCCUAGUUUUAAGAGACUAUAUGAUCAUCAUCAGUUUUUGAGGGAGCAAUAUGAUUAAUUGGUGAUGCCUAGCAGUGUUAUGACCAGAUGACAAUCGAUAUUUCCUGUGUUGCCCAGUUGUGUUGUUGUCUUUGCAGGAGUUAUUUUGCUACUUGUGAAUAACAGCACCAAAGUUUUUUCUUGCCUUGCGCAAACCUAAAAGAUAAACUUUGUUGCGAACCUA